UCAGUGACGUCCCGGGCUGUGUGGGGAGUGGGACGGGUCCGAGGGCGGCGGCCAGCCUGAGACGGACCGUGGGCUGUGUGGAGAGGCAAACAGAUAUGGCACGAAACACAGCCGCCUGCACUCUGGCCCCCGUCUCUGUGAUCCUGCUGCUACCGCUCCUGUCGUCGCUCGCCGCCGGUCAAGACACGGGGGCAGUGGAUGCUGCAGCAUUGACCCCACUCCAACUGGAUGAGGAGAAAACCGGACCAAAGCUGACCCCUGAGGAGCUGGAGGCGGCGCUGAUCGCCGGUCUGGAGCGGUUUGAGCGCAGCGCCGACGACUGGACCCUGCGCACCACCGAACACUGGCAGCACCACAUCUCCGACGUGGUCGAGACGUUCCAACGAGGUCAGACAGAACGAGAAGGUCAUGAAGACCAGGGCCGGGAGCGGCGCCGUCGGGACUUUUUUGGCCUCCCGGAGGAGCUGUGGCACUCGUAUAAAUACGGCACCGGUGUGGGCAACAGAGAGGAGCUGACUUUACAUGGCUUCUACCGUGGUCGGCAGCUGAAAGUUUCUGGACCGGCCCUCGACGCCCCGCCCCAAUGGCAGGUGGUGAGCCACCGAGGCGUGUUCUUCCUGUUCGGGCUGUACCCGUUCGCCGGCACGACCAGACUGCAUAUCGUGAGGACCAACUUCAGUGGGGACUUCCAGGAACACACCGUUAAGUUAACGGCGGCGGACCUGCGCGUCACUCCGUUUCUGCACCACGUGCGGGCCAAUCAGGGCUCUCAACUAUUUGCGUUCGUGAAACGCACCGCGCCCUCCGCCGGUCUGUACCCGGACGGAGCUGCACAGGUCACAGAACAGGUGUUCUGCCUUCUCGUCAACCAAAGCACACUAGAAACGAGUGAGGUCUGCACUCCAGUGACGCUCCCCACCGAUACGCCCACGGCCGAAAUACUCGUGGACGUGCUGUACGACUCGUACACGGGCGCAGAAACCAUCGCGCUCUUCCCCGUGCGCCAGACUCACGGGCUGGUGGUGUACAGACUGAGUGACAUGAAGUUCUCGGGUGAUUACAAGUACAACCUGGGGCUACACUGCUCGAUCCCGACCAAUAGCUCCGUGUGGAAGGUGCGUCUGUUCUCCGUGGCUGACACCACCUAUGUGGUGAUUACCUACGGCGAUGGGCCGCUCGACCGGAUGGUUCAGGUGUUCAGGCACGAUUCGAGCGUCUUCUCGCUGGUUCAAACAUUGGCGGUUACCAGCUUCGUCAUAGACAUCGAGGUGUUCAGCAUCGGCUUUCAGCACUAUCUGGCUCUGGGACAGGAGAACCGGAUGUCGCUGUACGUGUGGAACUACGCCGAGUUCCAUCUGCUCCAGGACGAGCCGUCGCCCCUCACCUACAGGUGGACCGUACUGGCCGUCAAAUCCUGCAGACAUGAGGUCAUUCUGGCCAAGGUAUUCGAGGACUCCGGCACCGGGGUGGAGUUCUACAGACACAACGUGCGGACACAGCAGUUCGAGGCGGUCCCCUCUGUGCCCUGUACAAGCGGAGACAGCCAUGGUGUAAAUCUGGACUGUUUCCGGCGUCCGGGCGAUGUGCUGGACCUGAUCGAGCUGAUCGGCGUCACAACGGACGACGCCACCUACAUCAUCAUACCGUCCAAGUUGAACCAGCUGGUGCUGGUGACUGUGAACGCCACGGUGGACGUCGCUCCGGACCCGGUCCGACUGCAGAACGAACGGCUGCUGGACAGGAAGGCGCGGCUGCAGGCAAAGUUCGACUCGCUCCUAGAGAAGCAGAAGCGACUUGAGUCUGUGCUGAGUAGGAGCGUCAUACCGGGGAGCGACCAGCAGAUCACGGGAAACUGCAACUUUCUCAGCGUGGUCACGGCCAACACACUGGUCGCGCCGGACGUGGCGCUCCACCGAGUACAUCUGCCCGGGUAUGCCGGCGACGCUCUGGGCCUAGUGGCACCCCUGACCGAGCUCACGGACAAGGUGGCCGCUCUGGAGCUGGCCCUCAUCACCGCGGCCGACCGGGUGGCUGACGUAGUCCACGCGGACGACACGUCCAUCCAGAUCUCCGGUCAGAAGAGCGUGGUGGGCGGCGUGUUCAGCGAGUCGCUGACCGCCUCCGGACCGGUGCACAUCAGCACGGUGCGCGGCACCGACCUCAACAGCACACUCUCCAACAUGGUCAGGGUGGACUCUGACCGUCUCAUCUCCGGCACCAAAACCAUCGCCUCCUCCCUCACUGUUACCUCCGAGCUGACCGCGGCGCUGCUCAACGACCGUCCAGUCUCCGACAUUGUCACCGUGGACACCACGCAGGAGGUGACCGGUCCGCUGACGUACGCGGCCGGCGCGCUGAGCGCGGACUCGCUGUCAGUGGGUGGACUGGUGGGAGGCGUGGAUACCCGCCGGCUGGCGACCUACAACGGCGGAGACACCCUGCCUGUGGCGGCAUCCGUCGAGUACCUGAAGGCCGACAGUCUGACCGUGGGCCUGAUCAACGGCCGACGCCCGGAGCAGGUGUUCUCGAACGUUCUACUCACCUCCGGCGGCACGUUCACGGACGCGGUGACGUUUGAUAGUGACGUCACACUGGCGGAUAUCACAGUCAACGGCACUCUGAACGGCGAAGACGCGGGACUCCUUUCGUCAGUCAUCUACACCGACUCCGCUCAGCAACUGGAGGCUCUGUGGCUCUCCUCUGCCGUCGUGGCCGGGUCCCUCGCGCCACAAACCGUCGACUCUAAACCGUUCCCGGGCGGACGUUACGUCACCAGAGGUGGAUCUCACGUCAUUUCCGGCCAGAAGACACUAAACAGAGUAGUAGCCUCCAGCGUGACGGCAGCGCAGGUGGACGGUGUGCCCGUGACGCAGCUCGUGACGCUCGACACGGACCAGACGCUGACGUCACUCAGCGUCACGACAGGUCACGUGCUCGGUGACCUGACCGUCGGCGGAACGAUAGAUGGCGUCAGGGUCGCGCCGGGCUGGCUGGACCACCUCAUCACGAACGUGACUGAAACUCUGGAUGCUGACUUGGUAUUCGCCGGAGGGGUGACCCUCCUGGGAAACCUCCAUGCCACCAGCAUUAACGGCGAGUCUGCGGAGAAGGUGUUUGGCGGUUUGGUUUUACCCCACACUGACCGGCCAGCGAUUGUGACCGGUAGGAAGCGGUUCACCUCAGCUGUUACGGCCGAUGAGGUGACUGUAGGCGGUGCAGUGAACGGUGCCGACCCGGCCGACUGGCUGUCUGUCUCUGGGGAGCAGCUGGUGGUGGGUCCUCUCACCCUUGCCGGUCGCGGGUUCUUCGCUAGCCUGAUGGCGGCAGGGAGGGUGGAUGGGGUGGAUAUCACUGCACUCAUACAGGAAGCGAUCUACACGGACGCCGAGCACGAGCAGCUUUUGUACGGUGUGAAGGCGUUCACUGACCCCUCCACCAUGUCCGCGCUGCUAGUGGACGGCCCGAUAAACUCAGUAGGCGCCGGAGAGGUUCUGUGGACCCGCGGCACGCAGACCAUCACCGGAUCACACGCAUACCUGGGACCAGUCCGCGCCGGAGGACUGCACGCCUACGGGGACCUACUGGUGCCGGACGGUGCUCGGGUGGGAGGACUGGACUUUUCCGAGCUGCCAGCACACGCUGCCACACUCGCAAAUGAUACCCACACGGAGAGACUGGUGUUUGACCGAGUCAUUGUCCGCGGAGACGUGCUGACUGAUCAUCUGAACGGCGUGGAUCUCCGUCAUCUGACGACAGGCGUGCUGCGCCGCGGUGGAGGAACCAUCACCGGGCGGUGGAGGUUCGAGUCACUGAGAGUGAACGGCUCUGUGACGACCGCGCAGGGAGCCGGGGGGUACCACCUCGGUCAGCUCCGGCAGAGGGUGAUCAGCGUGAGCAGGGGCGGCACGGUGCACGCGCCCGUCUUCUUCGAGCGUCUCUCUGUGGAGGAUGGCGGGGAGGUGCGAGGGAAGAUGGUGCUCGGAGGAGUGCUGUGGGAGGAGGUGCUGGAUAAUCUGGCCAGUCGAGAUCGGCCCAUCAACAUCAACGCCUCCAAGACGUUCUCCGGUGGCCUGCACGUCAUCGGCCAGCUACGCUCUCCCUCGCUACCGCUCCAGAACCUUCUUCUAGUCAACGCUGACCAGAUCAUCACGGGGACCGCCUUCUUCCACUCUGACGUCACCAUACACACCGGUCUGACCGUGCAGCAGCCAAUCAACGGGCGGUAUGACGUCACCAAGAUCGAGGAGCUGUUCGUCACCGAUACAGAGGAUCUCACUAUAGAUGGAAGUCUGGAUAUUUGGGGUGGUGUAUCCAUCUCCAGUCUGCACCUAUCUGGCUUGCUCGCCGGCCUGGAUGCCACCACCAUCCUCUCCGACGCCAUACCGCUCUCCGAAGACGCCCACCUCACCGGUCACAUCACCUUCGUCUCUCCGGCUCGCGCUACAACCAUACACCUCCUGGACGGUCUGCUGAACGGCCGACAUCUAGUGGAGUUCCUCUCCACCGUGAGACUGGUGAACGAGGAACAGGUGUUUAGAUAUCCCGUGACGGCAGUCGGUGUCACACUGGAGACGGCAGAGAUGAGGAAUCUGACGGUCGGAGGGCUGGUCGGUGGCGUGAACUUCACUGAUAUACUGCAGCGUCUGAUUUACCUGAACGGCGACUACGCGUUCAGCGGGGUCUGGACGGUACCAGAACUCUCAGUGGCCGGCGACCUCUCCGUGCUCUCCUUCAACGGCCAGAGCCCGGAGCGGCUACUCCGCCGGGAUGUAACAGAGACCAUCGAACAGCUGGUGGUGACGGGGGAUGUGGUAACGACGGCCGUUCGUAACGCCACGGAGGAGACCAGACUGAACGGGUACAGGCUCUGGAGGGAGAUCAACGACAUGUUUAGGCUGUCUCACGGCACACCCCAGACGUUCAUGGGGUCACUGACCUUCACCGGUCACGUGACAGUGAGAGGAGACGUGGAGCUGGGCGGCCGUCUGAACGGCUUCAACGUCUCCCAGAUCGUAACGUUGGGCACCGAUAACGACGUCCUAGCCAAUCUGCAGUUCACGGGCCCGGUGACGGCUGACAAAGUGGUGGUACGGGGUCUGGUGGACGGCGUCAACGUAACCCAGUGCGCCGCCACGGCCGUGUACCCUGACGGAAACCACACCCUGUACGGAGAUUACGCCGUCACCACGGUACUGCUGGACGGGUUGAGCAGCGAGGGACCCAUCGACGUGGACCGUGUCCAGACUGAGGUCAACGUUCUGCUGGAGCAGUGUGACGUCCAGCGGAACGAUUUUAACGAUUACUUCCGCUCCCAAUGUCUGACGAUGCGGGGUCUGUACGGCGAUAUGCGCUCUACGUACUACGCGGUGCGCUACUUUGACGAGCUGCAGGAGCUGACCUGGCCUGACCUGGGCACCAUCCUCAGCACACUCGUGCUGGAGGACGACUACAGCAGCGAGCCGGCCGUGCUCGUCACCUACACCCGUCUGGGCAGCGGCUGUCCCGAGUCGCGCCUGCUACGGUUCCGGCCCGACACCGGUCUCCUCCAGCCCGCCAGCGUGCCCCACAACUGCGGUGCGGUGAGACAGUGGAUUCACCUGAGACCGGGCGGGCGCCGUCUGUUGGUGUCUGCGGCGGAGCGGCCGCCGCCCCAGUGUGCCGCGCCCCUCUCCGCUGUGUGGCGCUGGAGCAACGGUCGGGUGCAGCCGUUACAGAACCUGAACAUAGCCGCCAGCCAGGCGUUCUACACGGCUCCGCGGCCGGGCGCCCCGGCUCAGCUGCGGCUUCUCGACCCUGUCGGAGGAGAGCUGCACCAGCUCAGCUUCAACUCGGCCGACGGCAGCUUCGUAUCGCAACCACCACAGGCCACCGAUGCCGAUCUGCUGGCGGUGCACUCCCUGUCGGACGGCUCACUACUCGUCCUCUCCGGCGAGGGCACUACAGUGGUGGCCCGCCGCCAGUCUCCCGCACACACCCACCACAGCCACCACGAGCAGACGCUGGGCGCACUGACGGCCACAGCGCUGUUCACCUUCAGUCGCCGCGGACAGACCAUGUUCGCCGUGGGAGACGGCGGAUGGAGCUCGCUGGUCAACAGCCCGCAGGGCGUUAAGGUGUUUGAGUAUUUCGGUAACGGCACCCACCGGUGUGUGCCGGCCCAGCACCUGGCCGCCGUCAGCCCGGCCGAUCUGACAAUGCUCUCAGUUGGCAGUCUGCCCGACCUCCUACUGACCGUGGUCGAACGCGACUGCGGACUGCGGCUCUUCGUCGAUAAAGGAGAGGCCGGUUUCGUCGAGUUCCAGCGCGUGGCCGUACCGGGCGCCGAGGCGGUCUCCGUGCUGUACUCCCAAUCGGACUCUCCGCCCCACCUACUGGUCUCCGCCGGCCGGCGGCUGGUGCUGCUCGCCGCACGAAUGACGGGAGCUCACGUGACCCCGCUCAGUGUCGACUGUUCGCCGCGCCUGCCGCCCCUAACGCACGGAGAGGGAGAGGGGCGGAGCGAGGAGAGGAGGGUAGAGGGACUGAGCGAGGACAGGAGGGUAGAGGGACGGAGCGAGGAGAGGAGGGUAGAGGGAGAGGGCAGCGUAGCGCUAGCGGUAGAAUGAAGCGCUCGCUCGCCCACCGCCCACCUGGCUGUGUGAUUAGCGAUAGAUUGUUGUCAUUAGCUUGUUGAGCGCUGGGUAAACGGCGAUGGAUCUGCCGACGUUGUUAUUGCAUUGUUGAAGUUUGAAACGCUCUCGAGUCAAUUUGUUAUACGGAACCAUUCAUCUGCAGAGAAUGGCUGGUAAUGAUCUCUUUACUUAGGCAGUUAUAGUGUCGUGUCAACGUACCUAGACAUUUCUGCAAGUAUUUAUGCUAUUUAUUCGUGAAAUAUACAACACUCGUCAUUCAUAUGCGACGAAAUAUAGGCAAUUAUAAUAAUGAACAACUGUUGUGAUGAGGACUGACGGCUGCACAGGACCGAACGCCACGUCAAACAAAAAGUAGAAAACGAUUAAAUAUAUUUCGAUUGUAU